AUGUGGAACGACGGCUUCGAAGAUGCCAACUCCAUGGCCGCCAUGGUGAAUUUCUUCCGACCGGCCAAAUACUCGUCUCUGGCCGCCGACGCAGAGAAAGCAGCCCAGUCCAAACGGCUGUCCUCCAUCGCCGAGGAGGGUGCGUGUUCCGAGACCAGCAGCCAGCCUUCCGAAGACACAGUGUGCGAGAAAGAGCUCCUACCCGCUCCAUCCAGAGAGGAAAGACAAGUCAAUGCCCGCAUUGUCUCAGACGCCAUCAUUGGGCUGUCGGACGGCCUGACCGUACCGUUCGCACUCACCGCAGGCCUUUCGGCGCUGGGUAACACAAAAGUGGUGGUGUUCGGAGGCCUGGCCGAGUUGAUUGCCGGUGCCAUCUCCAUGGGGCUGGGCGGCUACCUGGGUGCGAAGAGCGAAGAAGCAGCCUACAGAGCCACAUACCACUCGACACAGAGCAAAGUGUUAGAGAACGGCAGACACAGCAGCAGCGACCUGUCCUCAGAGAUCUCGUCGGUUUUCGCCCCGUACCAUCUCCCGCCAUCCACCCUCAAAGACUUCACACACCAACUCAUCACCUCCAACAGCCUCGAGACCGUGGUUGACUUCCUCAUGCGCUUCGAGCACGGCACGCCCGAACCCGCCGCCAGUCGGGCCUUUCUCUGUGCCAUCACCAUCGCCACGGGAUACUUUGUCGGUGGCUUUGUGCCUUUAGUUCCCUACUUUUUCGCCCACAACGUCACCGAAGGUCUGAUCUGGAGUAUCAGCAUCAUGGUCCUGGCCCUGUUUGCUUUUGGAUACGUCAAGACCGCUUUAGUCGAGGGUUGGUCAGGCUGGCCAUCGGUCCGAGCCGACCUCGGAGGAGGUGGCCAGAUGGUCCUGGUGGGAGGUGCAGCCGCCGGCUGUGCAAUGGCCGUGGUGAGGUUGUUCAACACAUUUAUAGACAUGUGA